AUGAAACGUUUUCUAACAACUGAACAAGCGCUUGCUCAACUUUUUGAAGAGGAACCAAUUGAAGAAAGAGAUAUGGUUAUAAUUCCGCCAAACCCCUCUGCAGUUAGUGAUGAAAAAGAUUUCGAUGAAAAUGACUUAACAAAUGUCGGAGUUUUGCCUUCAGAUACAGCUGGAGAAUUGGAGAUUCACAAUUCACAAUUCGGAAUUUUUAAACAUCAUUUAUCAAUAGAUGAACAGAUGAUACCAUAUCGAGGAAGACAUUCUUGCAAAAUGUUCAUAAAAGGAAAACCAAUUAGAUUCGGAUACAAGUCUUGGAUAUUGGCCUCUUCCGACGGUUACGUAUUCUCAUUUGAUAUAUAUCAAGGGAAAAGCGAAAAUAAAUAUGAAUAUGGAUUAGGUGGAAAAGUAAUCAUAAAAUUAUUAAAGGCAUUGCAAAAACCAAAUUAUCAUAAAAUAUAUUUUGAUAAUUUCUUUACAUCAUUUAAACUCUUGUCAUACUUAAAACAAAUGGGAUAUUUUGCAACUGGAACUGUGAGGGACAAUAGAAUAGAGCAUUGCCCAGUUGAAUCUAUAAAGGUUGUAGCAAAAAAAGAAAGAGGAUAUUAUGAUUAUAGGUUUGAAAAAUUAAACGAAAUAUUUGUAGUUCGUUGGAAUGAUAAUUCGGUGGUGACCGUUGCAUCGACAUGCCACACUAUCUCUUUGCUUUCUAAUGUUUCAAGGUAUUCUAAGAAAAUAUCUUCUAAAAUAAAAAUUCCUCAGCCAAAUAUGGUAACUGCUUAUAACAAACACAUGGGUGGAGUUGAUCUAUGUGAUAAUCUAAUAUCUACAUAUAGAAUAAAAAUAAGAGGAAAAAAAUGGUGGUGGCCAAUAUUCACCAAUUUUAUUGAUGUAGCUUUGGUAAAUUCAUGGAAAAUCUGGAAAUUCGUGAAUCGAGAUGACAAGAAGAGUUUGCUUGCAUUUAGACGAGAAGUUACUAACUACCUCCUUCGAACGCCAGUAAAAAUUGAAAAAAAUUCAAGUACAGGUCACGCCAGCCAGUUUGCAUUACAGUGUGAAAACCCUAUUGAUUCAUCUGGACAUUAUUUAUCCAAAAUUAUAGAUGGAAAAAGACGAAGAUGGAUAUUGCCAUACGCACUCAAGAUAUAUGUGCCAAACAUGUCAAAUCGCACUCCAUAUUAA